AUUUUUGACAAUUCUUAUUUCUUUUAACCUUACUUUUGCACGCUUUUUUCAAUAGAAAAUAGUUGUGGAAAAUAGUUUAAGAAAAUGGGAAAAUCUAGUGCAUUUCAAAUAAAAUUCGACAAAAACUUUUUGGAAAGCUUAUCACAAGAUGAAAAUAGUGGAGUUCAAAAGAUAAACAGUCAGUAUCAUUUGGCUCUGCAUCCAGCACAGUUUAACAAUUUUGGACGCUCUGUAAAGGACGAAUUGAACAAACAAACAGCUAAAUAUGACACAAAAUUUGAAGCUUUAAUGUUAGGCUUUCAAAACGUAGUUCUGCUCUCAGAUCUUGGUACAAUUGGUCCGGAUAAUUUAUAUAUACAUUUUGAUGUAUGUGCAGAUUUUUAUAUAUUCACACCAAAAAUAGGCGCAACUUUAAAAGGUAUUGUAACAAAAUCAUCAAGGGAUCAUGUCGGGUGUUUACUUUAUAAAACAUUUAAUGUGUCGUUACCAAAAUCCGAGUGUCCUGAAAAUGAAUGGAUAGGUGAAAACGUUCAUAUAGGCAAUGAAGUUGAUUUUAAAAUAGUUUUUGCUGAUUUAGAAUCCAGAUUACCUUAUAUAAGAGGCCAGUUACUAUCUAUUACUGACUCAAGUGAAAUGCCAGAAUUAUUGAGUAUGUUCGAGAAAACGAAUGUCUUGAAUAAGAAAAUCAAGUUUGAGGAAGCUGAUACUGAGGAUGUUCCAAAAAGUAAAAAAUCAAAAAAGAAAAAACGUGAAUCUAUCUUAGGAACUGAUACAAUUGAAGAUGAGGUACCUAAGAAGAAAAAGAAGGGUAAAAAAGAAGCCAAGAGCCAAGCUGAGGUUAGUGAAGAAGAAAUUAGUAAUAAAAGAGAAAAAAGAAAGGAAAAGAAGAAAAAACAAGAAGCAGAAGAACUUGAUAUAUCUUUAGAAGAAUUAGAUAUUAAAUCUUUAUUUAAUGACAUUCCUAUAGAUGUGAGUAAAUCAACAGGAUCAAUGGCAAACAGUGAAGACGUCAAGAAAAGAAAAAGAAGUAAAUCUUUAUCCUUUAUAUGAUUUUUAUCAUACAUAAGAUAUUUUGUUAUAAACUGUAAAUACAUAUUUGUUGGCCUUUCUUAAAUAUCAAAGUAUUAUAACUGAGGUAUUUUUAUUUUUGUAUGAAGAAAUAAAACAAAACUUAAAAAAUGUGGAACAAUUUAUUUAUUUUUCGAUAUAAAGCACUUGUUACUGGUUUCAGUUGAUUCUAAAAAUA